CCUGUGCCAACUUCUGUACCUGAAUCGUUGCUCACUGAAGAGCUGGCAUUUAGCUUUUUGGAAAUUGUCUCUAACUCACUGGAAAUGCAGGAAGCUGGAGUAUAAAACUCACUCAGAAAAAAAAAAGAACACACACUCAGAAGAAACCGCAGGGCCUAUCAGCCUGUCGUCAUCGAGCAGACUAGAAUAGUGUAGAAAACCCUAGGCAGAGAGGAAAUGAACUUCAGAGAAGGGAAACACACGGCUGAGAAGAGAGAGGCAAGGGCAGGAGUGAAGGAGAGAGCUGAAGCCUGGGGCUCCGAGAUGGUCAGAGGAUGGGAGACGGGGCAGUGAAACAAGGCUUCUUGUAUCUUCAGCAGCAGCAGACGUUUGGAAAGAAAUGGCGCCGCUUCGGCGCCUCACUGUAUGGAGGGUCGGACUGCGCCUUGGCCCGGCUGGAGCUGCAGGAGGGCCCGGAGAAGCCUCGUCGGUGUGAGGCUGCCCGGAAGGUCAUCCGCCUCAGUGACUGCCUGCGGGUGGCCGAGGCCGGCGGAGAGGCCAGCAGCCCCCGGGACACCAGUGCCUUCUUCCUGGAGACCAAGGAGCGCCUGUACCUGCUGGCGGCCCCUGCAGCGGAGCGCGGCGACUGGGUGCAGGCCAUCUGCCUCCUGGCCUUCCCCGGGCAGAGGAAGGAGCUCUCGGGGCCAGAGGGAAAGCAGAGCCGGCCCUGCAUGGAGGAAAAUGAAUUGUACAGCAGCGCAGUCACAGUUGGCCCCCACAAGGAAUUUGCUGUGACCAUGAGACCUACAGAAGCCAGCGAGAGGUGCCACCUGCGGGGGUCCUAUACCCUCCGGGCUGGGGAGAGUGCCCUGGAGCUGUGGGGUGGGCCCGAGCCAGGGACCCAGCUGUACGACUGGCCCUACAGGUUUCUGCGGCGCUUUGGGCGGGACAAGGUAACCUUUUCCUUUGAGGCAGGCCGUCGCUGCGUCUCUGGAGAGGGCAACUUUGAGUUUGAAACCCGGCAAGGCAAUGAGAUCUUCUUGGCCCUGGAAGAGGCCAUCUCUGCCCAGAAGAAUGCUGCACCCCCUACACCCCAACCCCAGCCAGCCACAAUCCCCACCUCGCUGCCCCGGCCUGAGAGCCCCUACUCCCGGCCCCAUGACUCACUGCCGCCUCCUUCACCCACCACACCGGUGCCUGUUCCACGGCCUCGGGGCCCGGAGGGGGAGUAUGCCGUGCCCUUCGAUGCGGUGGCCCGUUCCUUGGGGAAGAACUUCAGGGGCAUCUUGGCAGUCCCUCCUCAGCUCCUGGCCGACCCUCUGUACGACAGCAUUGAGGAGACCCUGCUCCCUCGACCUGACCACAUAUACGAUGAGCCCGAGGGAGUGGCUGCCCUGUCCCUCUAUGACAGCCCGCAGGAGCUCCGGGGUGAGGCAUGGAGGAGGCAGGCAACAGCUGACAGGGACCCUGGUGGCCUCCAGCAUGUCCACCCAGCUGGGCAGGAUUUCUCUGCCUCUGGCUGGCAACCAGGAACCGAGUAUGACAAUGUUGUACUUAAGAAAGGCCCGAAGUGACAGAGGCAGCAGAGGGAUGGUCCACCGCCCCCUGGCUUCUGCUGGUGACUCCUCCUGGCCACUGCAUCAGAACAACCUCCUCUGCCCCUUCUGGAGCCUGAGGCCUGGCCUGCCUUCGUUGGGGCUGAUAAAUUGCCUCUCCCAGGGCCUGCUGGGUGAGUCACCAUCCCAAAGCAGGAAGGGUGCCCUGGAGAGAACCACCCUCCUCCUACACUUUUUCCACUUCCUCCUCUUUCUUUCCGCAGCUGAGGGGGAACUUGGGGCAUUUAGGGCAGAGGACAAAAAGAUGUCAGCAGUUGCUUGGGCUGCUUGGCCAUGCAAGCAUCCUGCCUGCUGAUGGCCACUUCAGGGACAGCCCGGGCCCAGGCACCCAGGUGGAUGGCGGCAGCUUCCUGCACCUUUCAGAUUUCUUGGUGGCAUUAAAGCAUUUUUGGAACGUU